AUGCCGCGGACAUUACCGAAGGAUUAUUCCCACGCCCAACCGGUCCGCGCGUCGCACUCGCGUUUGACGCGCAAAAAGCGCGGGAAAACAGCGAUCCAUAUAACGCUGCCCGGUCACACGCAGCGAUAUUCACACAUCGCUGGAGGAAGGCUGGCCGCACGCUGCGUGCCAUUAACGUGUGCAGACAGCGUGACAGAGGAGCGGCCGCGGGCAGGAGCCGGCAAGGGUGACCACAAAUGCCGAGUCGAAAUGAACAUGCGGGAAAAAUCACCGGAUAUGGUAUCCGGGACGGUUGAUAGAAGAGGCGUUAGACGAGCGUACGAGCGUGCAGAGAUAGAGACCAGGCGUACUCAUAAAUUGUUCCACACCGAUAUACAUAUA